GGAACCAGUCUGGAUGUUUGAAAAGGACGCAAUUGGAGGGCACGUAGUUUGUAUUCAAAACAAGAACUGAGAUCGGUAGGGCUCAUUACCGAUUUGUCGGGAUGUUUUCUCUCUCGACAACAGUGCAGCCACAGGUUACAGUCCCUCUGAGUCACCUCAUUAAUGCCCUGCACUCUUUGAGGGGAUCAGUAAGCAGUAACCCCUCUGUCAAACCACAGCCCAAAGAACAUGUGACAGAACAAGACCUGCUGAAUACAGAGGUGACAACAUCUUCUCAUUCUCUGACUACACCCACAUGGAGCUUGCGGGACCUGGGUUUGACAGAUCUGCGGGUGGGUCAGAUGGGUGAGCUGGUGAAUAGGUUGUUGCCCUAUAUCAGCCAACAGGAGCUGCUCCCACUCCCCAAAACAGGACAGAACAUCUGGAGAACCUCUCACCUCUCCACAGACUCCUUCUUCCAUAAUAAACAUGGAUUCUCAGUCAGUGGGAUUGGUGGUGUCUCCCCAGCUUUGUGCAGGCACAGGCAUUCUCCUCUACACACAGUGUGUGCAGAUCUCCAGUUUUGGCCAGUAUGGAUCCCAAAUAGAGGCUUUAAGACCAUGAAGUCAAAGACCAGACGUCUGCAGGGCGGCUUGGAACGCACCGUAGAACCAGAUGGGUUCACCCCUUCGUUCAUGAAGGGCUUGCUCACACGGGACAAAUGGCAGGAGGUUGAAACCUUAGACAAGCUUCUCAAAACUAGAAACAUUCCUGAUGGACAACAAGAGGCUUUUAAGACUGGUUUUGCUGAGGGUUUCCUCAAAGCUCAAGCGCUAACCCAGAGAACACAAGAGGCUCUGAGGAGGACACGGCUGAUCCUGUUGGUCCUCCUGCUGGUGGGUCUGUAUGGACUCUCCAAAACACCCUUCUUAUCAGUGAGAUUCCGAACCACAUCAGGACUGGACUCGUCGGUGGAUCCUGUCCAGAUGAAGAACGUCACCUUCGAGCACGUCAAAGGGGUUGAGGAAGCCAAGAACGAGCUGCAGGAGGUGGUGGAGUUCCUCAGGAACCCUCAGAAGUUCACCGUUCUCGGGGGAAAGCUGCCCAAAGGAGUCUUACUGGUCGGUCCACCUGGCACAGGCAAGACUCUGCUGGCCAGGGCAGUGGCUGGAGAGGCUGACGUCCCUUUCUACUAUGCUUCUGGAUCAGAGUUUGAUGAAAUGUUUGUUGGGGUUGGAGCCAGUCGUAUCCGUAACCUUUUCAGGGAGGCAAAAGCCAAUGCUCCAUGUGUGAUCUUUAUCGACGAGCUGGACAGUGUCGGGGGGAAGAGAAUCGAGUCUCCCAUGCACCCUUACUCCAGGCAGACCAUUAACCAGCUGCUUGCUGAAAUGGAUGGGUUUAAACCAAAUGAAGGUGUCAUUAUCAUCGGUGCUACGAACUUCCCUGAAGCACUGGAUAAUGCUCUGAUUCGACCAGGCAGGUUUGACAUGCAGGUGACUGUGCCCAGACCAGACGUGAAGGGCCGUACUGAGAUCCUCAUGUGGUACCUGAAGAAAAUCAAAGUUGACCCAGCUGUAAAAGCAGAGAUUAUUGCCAGAGGAACAGUGGGCUUCUCUGGUGCUGAACUAGAGAACUUGGUGAACCAGGCAGCACUGAAGGCUGCAGUGGAUGGGAAAGACAUGGUGACUAUGAAGGAGCUGGAGUUUGCCAAGGACAAGAUUCUGAUGGGUCCAGAGCGGAGGAGUGCAGAGAUAGACAAGAAGAACAAGCUAAUCACAGCAUACCAUGAGUCUGGCCAUGCCAUUAUUGCAUACUACACCAAAGAUGCCAUGCCCAUCAACAAAGCCACCAUCAUGCCGAGAGGCCCCUCCCUGGGCCAUGUAUCCAUGCUGCCGGAGAACGACCGCUGGAGUGAGACGCGCUCCCAGCUGUUGGCCCAGAUGGACGUCAGUAUGGGUGGCAGAGUGGCAGAGGAACUCAUCUUUGGGAACGAGAACAUUACCACUGGAGCAUCAAGUGAUUUUGACAGCGCCACGAAAAUAGCUAAAAUGAUGGUGACCAGGUUUGGGAUGAGUGAGAAGCUGGGAGUCAUGACAUACUCUGACUUUAAUAAGCAGAGUCCAGAGACACAGGCAGCCAUUGAGAAUGAAAUCAGGACACUUUUGAGGGAUUCUUACGAGCGAGCCAAAACACUUCUGAAGUCGCACGCCAAAGAGCACAAGAACUUGGCAGAAGCGUUGCUGCGAUACGAAACACUGGAUGCCAAAGAGAUUCAGCUGGUCCUGGAGGGGAAGACCUUAGACGCUAGAUGAGACCUGUGUAGGAGCGUCAGGGAACUGGGAAAGGUUUUGCGGAAUGUGAUAGGCUUUGGUGGAAGUGGAAAGUAUGAAUGUCUGUAUGCAUAAGAGAGCUUGGUAAAAUGAUCCUACGGUCUUGCCCAAUCAUUCAUUCAUACACACACACACACACUCCCCCACCUAGUCCAGUGUACUUGCCUGUUCAGUGCCCCCCUGAAUUCUCUGAGGACCACUGAACAGACCUGUCACAUUCACACGUACUGCUGGGCACUAGGUAUAUGUAUCUACCCCUAUGUUAUUUCUGGUUCUGACAAUGGUCUUAAACAUUGAUUUCACCAUCUGUUACUCUGACCAGUGUCUGCUGCUUCAUGAGAGCCAAGGAGAUCAAAUCUGUGUCUCACGUUUAGUGAGACAGGCAAUCCAUCAUUUAUUUGACUUUGGUUCACUGGUGUGCAGUUGUUAUUCACCUUGUCUGUCUGAGCCACAUUCAGGGGUUGUUGUUGUUGUUGUUACUCUUUGGUCGUGGCCUUUCAGAAGAUGUAAAGAAAUGCAUAUUUCACUGAGGCAUAGACAAAUGUCUCCACAGCACUUUGGUAAGAGAAAUACAUACAUGAAUAAGUAAAUCUUCAUUUUUACCUGCUUAUGGGAAACACUGCUUUAAGAUAUCAUCAUCAUUCGCUUUGAAUUGUUUGAAUCAUUGCAGGGGCGUUAGUCCAUUUUUGUUGGUCAGCUUUUUUUUUCCCAUUUAGAUCACAGCUUGUUUUGAUAAAAUACAGGGACUCACUAUGUCACCUGUAAGUCACAUUACUCAUGUCACUGCAGUUAUGUUGAGUAGUAAUUGAGUAGAAUUUUUAGAUAACCUGGAAUGUGAAGAAAAAGCAGUCAGGGAAUAAAUCACUGGCUUAAAUCACUUUCUAAAAAUGUACCUGACCACUGAAAGAUAAUCUGGAUAAAUCUAUUUAUCUUCAUAGUUUUCAUAAAACUUGAAUAAGAGGAAUCAGCUGAAGAUAUCUGAAGAUAACUGUUUUCACACAGAAACUUUAUGUAAAAGCCAUAAAAAAGUCCCUCUUAAACAUGAGUUAGAACCCCCUCAACUGAAGUCUGAUCUAGUUAGUUUAAUCAUACAGUCUUGCUUUUAGAGUAAACACUGUUUUUCUGUUAACUUAUUUAUCCUUUCUCUUCAAGAUUAUUGCAUCUCCACAGCUGACUCGUAGACACGCCUUUUAGCCCAGCUAAAUUAAGUUGUACAUAAAAAAUAACAUUAAAAGGGAACAUUGUACAUAGAUGUAUAGAACUAUUUUAGGUUGAUAUAUGCUUGG